CAUGCCGCGCGCGCGGAAGGGGCGUGGCCGCGGCGCCGCUUCCGUGCUGGCGGCGAAGCGGAGGAGCGGCAAGAUGGCGGCGGCGGCGGUGCUGGAGCUGCAGCGCGCGCAGUCCCUGCUCUCCACCGACCGCGAGGCCUCCAUCGGCAUCCUGCACUCUAUCGUGAAACGUGAUGUCCAGGAAAACGAUGAGGAAGCAGUGCAAGUCAAAGAGCAGAGCAUCCUGGAGCUGGGGUCACUGCUGGCCAAGACUGGGCAGGCAGAAGAGCUGGGAGGACUCCUGAAGUACGUGAGGCCCUUCCUGAACUCCAUCAGCAAGGCCAAGGCUGCGCGCCUGGUGCGCUCCCUGCUCGACCUCUUCCUGGACAUGGAGGCAGCCACAGGACAGGAGGUUGACCUGUGUUUAGAGUGUAUUGAAUGGGCCAAAUCAGAGAAAAGGACUUUCCUACGCCAGGCUCUGGAGGCGAGGCUGGUCUCUCUCUACUUUGACACCAAGAGGUACCAGGAAGCUCUGCAGCUAGGCUCGCAGCUGCUUAGGGAGUUGAAGAAGAUGGAUGACAAGGCACUGCUGGUGGAAGUGCAGCUCCUAGAGAGCAAGACUUACCAUGCUCUGAGCAAUCUGCCAAAAGCAAGAGCAGCCUUAACCUCGGCCCGGACUACAGCCAAUGCCAUCUACUGUCCCCCCAAGCUGCAGGCAGCACUGGACAUGCAGUCAGGUAUUAUCCAUGCAGCAGAAGAGAAGGACUGGAAAACAGCCUAUUCAUAUUUUUAUGAGGCAUUUGAGGGCAAUGAUUCAAUUGACAACCCCAAAGCCAUCACUGCUCUGAAAUACAUGCUGCUCUGCAAAAUCAUGCUCAACAGCCCAGAAGAUGUGCAAGCAUUAGUGAGUGGGAAGCUUGCUCUGCGGUAUGCAGGAAGACAGACAGAAGCACUAAAAUGCGUGGCACAGGCCAGCAAGAACCGGUCGCUGGCAGAUUUUGAAAAGGCUCUGACAGACUACAAGGUGGAGCUCAGGGACGACCCCAUCAUAAACACUCACCUGGCCAAGCUCUAUGAUAAUUUAUUGGAACAGAACCUGAUCAGAGUCAUUGAACCCUUCUCCAGAGUACAGAUUGAACACAUAUCCAGCCUCAUCAAGCUCUCAAAGGCUGAGGUAGAAAGGAAACUGUCACAGAUGAUCUUGGACAAGAAGUUUCAUGGAAUCCUUGACCAGGGUGAGGGUGUCCUGAUCAUCUUUGACGAACCCCCCGUAGACAAAACUUACGAGGCUGCUCUCGAGACGAUUCAGAACAUGAGCAAAGUAGUGGAUUCACUCUACAACAAAGCCAAGAAGUUGACAUAGAGUUGAAUUUGCUAGCUGUCAUUUGGAGAGUGUGUGUGACAGGAGAGUGAAACCUUUGGGAAAAUGUUAGGAGACUUUUUUUUUUCUUCUUUGUUCUACUUUUCGCUCGGAAAGUUUUUAAACUUCCUCAUCCGGUGCAUCUUGUAUUCCAGACGAUGCGUGUUCCAGUUUCCAUGUAAUCUUUACUGGCCGAACUUUGUAUCUGGGGGGGGGAAUAUUGUUUAAACAAAGAGGGUAUUCUAAAUAAAAGGAAAAAGGCUUACACUA